AUGGUCGAGAGCGAAAUGGAAUUCAAAUCUCCCAGUGAAACAGGAGGUCACAAAGUCAGCAAGCUUUUGAAUAAAUUAAGUGGUCAGCCCUCUUCCUAUGUCAAUAAGAGAGACUACAUAUUUGGCAAGACCCUAGGGGCUGGUACGUUUGGUGUUGUAAGACAAGCGAGACAUAUACCGACUAAUGAGAAUGUUGCCGUUAAGAUUUUACUCAAGCAAGCGCUGAAAGGUAAUGAUGUUCAAUUGAAAAUGUUAUAUGAUGAACUAUCUAUACUACAAAGAUUACAUCACCCCAAUAUAGUGCAAUUCAGAGAUUGGUUUGAAUCAAAAGAUAAGUUUUAUAUCGUGACUCAAUUAGCUACCGGCGGUGAACUAUUCGAUCGAAUUAUUUCGAAAGGAAAGUUUACCGAGGUUGAUGCCAUUAAGAUUGUUGUUCAAAUGCUAAAUGCUGUGGUGUACAUUCAUUCGAUGAAUAUUGUGCACAGAGAUUUGAAGCCGGAGAACGUUCUUUACCUCGAUCCUUCAGACGAUUCGAGGAUAGUCGUAGCAGAUUUUGGGAUUGCAAAGGAGUUGAAAAAUGGUGACGAGCUGAUUUUCAAAGCCGCUGGGUCUUUGGGUUACGUAGCACCCGAAGUUUUGACAACCCACGGCCAUGGUAAGGCUUGCGAUAUUUGGUCACUUGGAGUAAUAACGUAUACACUUUUAUGCGGAUAUUCUCCCUUCGUUGCGGAUACUGUUGAAAAUUUUUUGAAUGAAUGCACUGCAGAGGAUCAGCCGGUGAAAUUUCAAAAACCUUACUGGAAUGGCAUAUCAGAAGAAGCCAAAAAAUUCAUAGUCCGCGCUUUAACGCUGAACCCACACAAAAGGCCGACAGCAAAGGAAUUAUCAGAGGAUCCAUGGAUCACUAGUUCCUCUAAAAGUACUAAUGAUCUGCUUCCUGGAGUCAAGAAGAGUUACGAUUCCCGUACGAGAUUCCGUGAUGCUGUUGAAAUUGUAAAACUGAACAACAGAAUUGCAAAACUAAGAAAAAUGUAUUGCCAGGGAGAGAGUACGGAAGGUCCGGAGACAGAUAUCGAAGAAAAUCGCUCUUGUGCAUCAGCCCCUUCAGAUGGAUCUUUAUCCCAAUCUUUUAAAAGUCUCAACUUAAAGCCUUCCUCAAGCUCUACGAACUCAUCUUGUUUAAGCGAAGAUGAAAAAAAAAUAAAAUCAACGUUAACUCAAAAUGCUUUUGCCCAGCUAGUUAAGGCUGCUAAAAAAAAUCAAGACAAAGUCCUGAAUUACGAAGAUCCCAAAACAGAGACAACUGAUUCAAAAAAUGACUAA